AGUUGUGCUGCUCAGCAGUUGUACUCCCAAGCUUAGUCGGUGAAGACGUAAGAACGACAAAUUGAGAUGCAAUUUGACGAUGUUUUCAAGUCGGUUGGCGAUUUUGGACGCUACCAAAAACGUGUUUACGCUUUACUUUUGAUUACAGCAAUCCCUGUUGGUAUCCACUUUUUGGCGCAAGUAUUUAUAGCGGCUGAAACUGAUCAUUGGUGUAAAAAUCCAUCUGCAGGCUCAUUUAACUGUAGCGUUUAUGAUUUUCCGCCGGGGACGUGUACAAAUGAGUCGCCUUUUGUUAAAGAUGAUCCCGAUACAUCCGUCCAGGAGCGGCAUUGCAGGAGGUACAAGUUUGAGGAUGAUUUCGAUAUUUUUGUUAAUGAUAGUUGGCCUAUUGUUAACUGUUCCGAUGGAUGGGUUUACGACACUUCGCAAUAUCAUUCAACAAUAAUACAAGAUUGGAAUUUGGUGUGUGACGAUGCUAACAAGCCAGCUACGUCUUCGUCAGUUUUCUUUGGAGGCGUUUUGGUGGGAUCGCUAUUGUGGGGAUCUCUUGCGGACCAUAUCGGUAGGAAGAAGGUUUUAUUCAUUUGCUUAACAAUCGUUACCUUAGUAGGAACAUUGGCUGCAUUUUCUCCAAACUAUUGGUCUUUCUGUGUAAUGCGAUUCUGCAUCGGGGGAGCAAGCAUGGGCAUUUAUUUAGUAGCCUUUGUCAUCAGUACAGAAAUCGUUGGUCCAAAGCCACGUACAUUUACCGGGAUCGUAAUAGAACUGUUUUUCGCCAUUGGUUACAUGUUGCUGGCGAUCCUGGCUUAUUUCAUCAGAUCAUGGCGUCAUUUAGAACUUGCCGCAUCCAUACCUAUUAUUCUCACUUUCAUAAUGUAUCCUUUCAUCCCAGAAUCACCGAGGUGGUUGGUAACACAACAGAGAUAUAAGGAAGCAACGGAUAUUUUGAAGAAAAUGGCAGAAGAGAACGGUACUGUGCUUCCAUCAGAAUUCAGUGAACCAGACGAGAUGGCAAGCAGGAUGAAAAUUGAAGCCUGUGAAAAUUACAAGAAACAUACGUGUGUUGAUCUUGUGCGUACACCAAACAUGAGGAAGAAAUCUUUUAAUUUGUUUUACAAUUGGACGGUCAACAGCCUUGUAUACUACGGAUUGUCCCUAGGAACUAGCAAUAUGGGAAUUAAUGAUUACGUCGCAAUGUUCGUAAGUGGAGCUGUGGAGUUUCCAGCUGUCGUGUUCUGCCUCUCUACAGCCAGUAGAUUUGGUCGCGGCAGAACAAUCAGCUUCGUCAUGAUCGCUGGUGGAUUAGCCUGCUUCACGACUCUCUUUUUGCCUAAAGGUGUCGUACUUGUAGGUGUGGCAAUGGUUGGGAAGUUUUGCAUUACUUCAUCGUUUGCUUUAAUAUACAUAUUUUCUGCUGAGCAAUUCCCGACUCCUGUCAGGGCGGUGGGUAUUGGAUGCUGCUCUGUGUCGGCUCGUAUUGGCGGUAUUAUGGCGCCACAAAUCUUGUUUAUUGGCAAACUUUGGGAACCAGUAGUCCCCUAUCUUGUGUUUAGUGUGGCGUCUAUUUCUGCGGGUCUACUCGUUUUGUUGUUGCCGGAAACGUUGAAUGUACGACUUCCAGAAACUCUGAAAGACGGUGAAAAUUUUAAAAAACAAAAUUCAUCGAAUAGUGAUUAUUCCGACGUUCCUAAACCGGAGACAGCUUGAUUGUUUUGAAGCCUGUAGAGCUGCAUCGUGUAAUAAUGGACCAUGUUUGUACCGUAUUUAUUCGAAUAAAAACCCGCACAGAAUAAUCGUUCUGUUUUUCCUCAUGUUUGUGUCACUAAGUGACUAACGAAAGAAAACAACGAGAAAAUUAUUUUUUAUGAAUUUUUCUGUUAUCAUUUAUUUUCUUUUUUCAGAAUAUAAAAGCGGUGUUUAUUCGAGUGUUAUUAGAUGUGUCAUUUUACAAAAAAAUAAAUAAAAUCCUCUUGUAAAAUCCCUAAGGGGUUUUUUGAAAUAAUUUCGGUACAUACAGAAUGCAUGGUAGCGUUUCUAUGCUACAGAAAGACCAGUUACCGGCCUUAAUCAUUUGGUUUAUGAGCACAUAGUAACUUCUGUGCAGUUUGGUUUUUUUUUCAUUAUCAUUGUGUUUAAUUAAUACGCGGAUUUAUAAAAUUCUUAUUUAUUACGCUAACAAUUUCAGAAAUAUACAAAUAUUGUAUACCUUGAAUCUCUAUUCUAGAAAAGAUGAGAGCUGAAUUGGGACAUUUCCCAUUAUUGAUAAGAGUUUUGAAUAAAAAUGAUAAACUAUUUGUUAAAAUUCAUGAAAUAGACCAUUUGUUUGCAUUUUAAAUGUUAUACUGUUAAAACAGCUUGAUCUCGAAUGAGAACUGAAUUUGGUUUCAAAAUUUAGAAAGGUUAAAUACACUUUUAAUUAAGUCAAACUUUACAAGGGUGUUGAUCUUAAAACUCUGUUCCUUAAGUGUUUAAUCACUAUGAGCGUAAUGUUCUCCGGAGGUUGCGAUUAGAAACAUAUUCUACUAAUAGGCCAAUAUAUUUUUAAGAAUUUUUAUCUAGUUGAAGAAUGCAUAACAUUUGUAACCAUACAUAAUUAUAGGAGAUAUAUUUCAAUGAUACGAACUUUCGUACACUUUUUUUAAAUAAAGACGGAGCGAUGAU